AUGGGAGAGUCCAUGGUGGGCUGCGACCUGCCCGAGAAGGUGGCCGGUCUGCUGAUCGAGAAGGAGCUGAAAGCCUUCUCUCAGGUGGUGGCCAGCCCAGCACGCCCGCUCGUGGCCAUCGUGGGUGGGGCAAAGAUCAACGACAAGAUCAAGCUCAUCGAGAACUUGAUCGACAAGGCGGAUGGCAUCAUCAUCUGCGGCGGCAUGGCCUACACCUUCCUGAAGGUGUGCUUCGGCAUGAAGAUCGGCAGCAGCCUCUUUGACAAGAAGGGCGCUGACAUGGUGCAGGGCAUGCUGGACAAGGCCAAGGAGAAGGGCUGUGAGGUGACUCUGCCGGUGGACUGGCUGUGCGGCAAGGAAUUCAAGAAUGACCAGGAGACCAAGCUUGUCACGAAGGAGGAGGGCAUCCCCGAUGGCUGGGAAGGCAUGGAUUGCGGACCGAAGAGCAUGGAGCUCUUUGCCACGAAAGUGAAGGAAGCCAAGACGGUUGUUUGGAACGGCCCCGCUGGCGUCUUCGAGUUCGACAACUUCUCCAAGGGCACCAAGGCGUUGCUGGAGGCCGUCGCGGCUCUGCACGCCUCAGGCGGCGUGGGCAUCAUCGGGGGCGGCGACUCGGCCACCGCGGCCGCCAAGUGGGGCAUGGAGGACAAGGUCUCCUUCGUGUCCACCGGCGGCGGCGCCUCGCUGGAGCUCCUGGAGGGCAAGGUCUUGCCCGGCAUCGCCGCGCUGGCAGAUGCGCCGGCAAAGUGGGAGGGCACCGUCACUGGCAAAUACCAGUGGGACGACUCGAAGAAGUCCAACGCUGAUGCAGACAAGGACAUGGGCAGCGCGGGGGACGCCAUCACGAAAUACAGCUGGGGAGAUGGCAAGAAGGCGGUCAGCAUCUACAUCGAGAUCGAUGGCCUGGAUGAUUGCACGGAGGACAUGUUCCAGGCGACCUCGGGCGAGAAGGAUGUGUCCCUCACCAUCACCAAGGUGGCCGGCAGAAGACGGACCUUUGCCCUGAAAGACUUGUCGGAUGAGAUCGACGGGGUCAAGGUGAACCACAAGAAGGGCAAGGGCAUGGUGGUGCUCAAGCUGACCAAGAAGGAGGAGAAGCCUUGGUACAAGCUCCAAGCGUCAUCCGGAAGUGGAGGUGGCGAUGAGGAGGAGGACCUGUCUGCCAUGAUGGGCGGCAUGGGCGGCAUGGGCGGCAUGGGUGGCAUGAUGGGCGGCAUGGGCGGCAUGGGCGGCAUGCCGGGAAUGGAUGACAUGGACCUCGGCGGCGAGGAGGAGGAGGAGGGUGGCAAGGUGAGCCUGCCUGGCCGUGAAGUCUUAGACUCGGCGGUGCAAGUCCUGCUGGACUGGAGGCUGGAGCGAUUCAAUUUGGAUUUUGGCCCUGAGAUUAUCGUACUUCAGGACACCGAGCUCAGCCCUGAGAGACAGGCGCUCGAGCGCAAGAGCAGCCAGGAUGAGUCGGUGUCCAGCUCCCGAGAUGACAAGGAGGGCGAGGAGGAACUGGAGAGAGAAGAGGAAGAUCCAGAGGAGCUGAAGUGGAGGGAGCAGUUCAGGCGUGAGCAAGACUUCCAGUUCUCUCGAAUCGUUUCUGGGACCCGGCUCCACUUGCAACCCGAAGUGGAGGCGAUCCCGGAGGCCACGGUGCAGCACCUGCGCGCCUACGUGCGCCAGGCGCGGCAGCUGGGCGUCAUCACGGCCAUCGCGGUGAACAGCCACGUGGAGCAGGUGAAGCAGGUGGCGGCCGAGGCAGAGCCGGGGCUAACCCUUCAUGUGCUCCACGUGCCGUGCUGGGGAGCCUUCGUCCCGGCUCUCAACGCCCUCUUGAACUUCGCACAGAGAAAGGGGGCCAAAUACAUCCUUUACCAGUCCCUGGAGGUUUGUUGUUCUCGUGAUGUUCUGCAGCGCGUGCUGGAUCAUCACGACUCCGACACGUUGGUUGUCGGACCAGUACUAGAUGGCCACAAUUUUCGCCCAGGAGAGCAGAUCCUCGAUGGUCGCAGUUCUCCUUGGAACACGCUGGCGCUUUGGUCAGUCCGUAAAUUAGCCCUCACGGGCUUCUUGUGCAUAGCGGAUGGACUGCCGGAUGUGCCGCCCUCCAUGAACCGAGAAGUUGGACAAAGCGUCCUUCAGACAAUGGACUCCUUUGACGAGGGAGACAGUGGGCCCAUGGGCAGCGACAGCUGGUGGAGCGGGGAGUCGGUGAGACCCGGCUUCGCGCGGCAGAUGACGACGCAGAAGGCGGCGGUGCCCGCUGGGGUGGAGGAGGUCACCGCCAUCGCGCUGCUGCAGCACCUGCACGGCUCGGACCGGUCCCGGGCGGUGCUGCUGCAGCUGCCGCAGCACCUGCAGGAGCAGACCUCAUGGGCGGCCAACUGGGGCAAGGAUGAGGCCAGAAAGAAGUGGCACAAGUACAAGAUGGCCUCCAAAGUAGCGCGCCCUGCCGCCCAGUUGCAGGAGCUGUUCAAGUUUCAGUCGCCUACCAACAUGGUUGGCCAACCCAAGCCAGAUACUUUUGCAGGCGAGGCGCCCGACUGCUUCCAGCUGUUGCGGCGGCGGCGAAGGGCGAAUUCGAGCGACGACCAAGAGGAAGAUGACAGCCAGAAGGAAUCUGCUGAACCCGGGCACGGGCCACUCCAUGUUGGCAAGGUGAUGCACUACGCGGAGUCUAUCAUGCCUCCGAAGAAGAUUCAGUGGAUUUGCCUGGUGCUGUGCUUCAUCUUCUACGCCAACUCCACCACGGUGCUGUCCACGGCAUUCAGCCGGAUGAACGCCAAAGGUCCUGGCCAGCUGGGUCGGGAGGACGUGGCCUUUGUGGCGCUGUUGAUGGGAGGCAUCUAUUUGCCGAUGCCUCUAUCGCUGGGAUUGAUCCGGACAGUGGCCGUACGAUUUGGGCACAGGUACGGUCUUCUUUUGUUCUUGUUCUUUCUUUUGCUGGGUCACUUGCUCACAGUUUGCGGCCAAGCGAUUGCGCCGCAGCUCAUGUGGCCACUGGUGGUCGCACGCCUGGUGCAUGGACUUGGCUCUGGGAUCCUGUUCCAGACGCGCCACAUCCUUGCCAUCCUGAGUACCAACGACAACCACACCAACAUCCAGACCUGGAUCUUCUUCACCAGCGACCUGGGCCUCGCUACCGGGGCGUUCUUCCCGUGGAUCCUGCAUUGCAUCUUCGGGUGCCGGGGGGAGGCCCCAGAGCUGAUCUCAUCGGCGGUGUCGCUUUGCCUGGAGUUGGUGGUGAUGUUAUGGGUCGGAUCUGUCUUCCCUAGUCGACUGGUUGGCUUGCCCGAAGGCGUCCGAUUCACCGACUGGACGGCAAAGGGGCGCCGGCUCCGGAGAAAGCUCGCAGAAUCUGACAGGAAGUUUCGGCUCACGGUGUGGCUGUCCGGCACCAUGCGCAUCUUUGUGCAGUCCGCAGUGGUUCCCGUGGUGGCUCUCUCCAUGAGGGAUGCCAACUUCACGGGGAACUACCGCCAGACCUUGGCGGUUGCAUCGCUGUUCCUCAUGCCGCUACCCUUCGAGGUUCUCGCAGCUGGCAUGUCAUGCCCCUGUGGGCAUCGACAGCCACAGGACGGUACGACCGUCAGCAAGAUCAUCUCCGGGGCGGUGGGCGGUGCUGCGCUGCUGGUGGCAGGUUUACAGCCUAGAAGUGUCGACGCCGAGCACGGCGAAUUCAUGACAAUGCUGACCAGGAUCUUCGAGAUCGCCAUUCUGAUGAUCGCCCUUGGUAUGGCGGCGCCGUUCAACGCGGCCAAGCUGUACCAGCAGAAGGAUGCAGAGCACUCCAUAGUGAUCUUGGAGUGGCUGAAGGCCUACAUUGGCCGCUUGCUGGGGCCCUUUUGUGCUGUGCUGCUGUACAGCUUCGCAGGCUAUGGCCCGGUGCUUGGAGUACUUGCGAUCGCAACUGCCUUUGUGACGCUGACUGCGUGA